AUGCUCGAAGUGUCCGCCACGCUGGAUCGUGAUGUGGCAAUUUAUUUGGCCGGCGAAACGGUGCGGAUUACGGUAACGGUGCGAAAUUUGACACGUGGCAAACAGGGAAGCGCCGAGCAACUCGCCUGGGGUAGUCUGCAGCUAAUUUCUGGUAAAGAAGCACUUUUUUGCAAUUGAAUGAGUUCUUUUGAAUGUUCAGAGCGAACGAUGGGCGCCUCCUCGCAUUCCGCUUCUUCGACUUCGUCCCGCCCGCGCCCGACCACUUCAGUCACGAAAUCCGCGUCGACCGUUUACUCAUCGCCUCCGAAUAUCCUUUUUUGUGAGCUCCAACUGGCUCCCGGACAGACGAAACAAUUCGUUUCCGAUGUACGCACUUUUUUGGGAACGUUUCGGCUUUUAUCAGUGCUAACCACAAGGUCAUGCAGGGGAUUUCAAUUCUUGACUCAGAAGUAAUAGACAAGAGCUUGCUACGAAUGACUGUUUAGACAGUGCCUGUACGCUCACGUUAGGAAACGGCUACUAAUCGUAAAGCCGAUUGCAUAGAGCACUUCUAGAGGAACAUUUUCGUUUUUUAAUGACCCUGAUUCGACAAGUUUACAGAAAAAUGUGACCACUCAUAACUUUGUCAGUUUGAAUCGAAUUGCUGUGUCUCGUUUUGAUACAUUUGCAUGUGUAUGUACAUUCAUUCACUUUUUUGUCAGGGACCAAAGCUCUGUACCGUUAGAUUCGUGGUUUCUUUGCAGAUUCCUCUGUCUCGCGACGGAAUCCCGCCGACUUUCCGCGGGCAGCUCGUCAAGUACUCGAAUCGGGUUACGGUGGCCGUGUCGCACGUGCAGCAGCACAUCAAAUCCGUGCAUUUGCCGAUUCGGAUCAUUCCGUCCGUCGGAUUAGAAACCAAAAUGUCGCUUCCCGUCAAUCCGUUUCUCGCCUCCGACACCGCCAGACCUUCUGUUAUUGAGGUAACCGAAAAUUGAUUCAAAUACGGACUCAAUUCGAACGACACCUUAUUGGCUCGGAAAAAGCGCUGAAAGUGGCAAAUUGACAAACUUGGCCUAGGAUCCGAUGGAGUUUUCUAGGCCAAGCGGGCCAACAUGCCACGUAAUUACAGACCCCAAAACACGCCGUUUCAAAAAUUGCAGACAGUAAUGGGUACGGUGGACGACCUGACGCAGGCGCGUAAAUCCCUCGCCUUCUCGCUGACUCACAACUCGUCGAGCGCCCGAGUCGCCCUUCUGAUCCUGCCCAAAAAAGCGUACAAAUUGGGCGACGACGUGUGCGGAUUCCUCGAUUUCAACGGAGCCACGACGCCUUGCGUUCAGUACUCGGCCACCAUCGAAACGGAGGAACACUUGAUCGAUGCGGACGUCGAGGAAGCUGACAAUAACAGAAAAGUAGGCGUUCUAGGGAAAAAAAAACGCUAAAAUUGGCUCUAAAAAGCCAUCUUCCAGAAAGUAAUAAAAGUGCACUCCCAAACGGCGCCAAUUUGCACAUUCUCGCCGGAUUCCACGUUCCGAUUGAGCAUUCCGCUCACGGCCACGCCCACUUUUUCCACGGAUUCGGGUGAGAAAGAAAGUGCUUUCUGAGAAUUCAAAAAUAUUGCAGUUCAACUAAAAUGGCGUCUCCGAUUCGUUUUCGUCGUCACCGAACUGGCGUACAAUGUGCACUUGAACGGAGACGUCGCCAGUUCCGCCGCUCCCAUUGGUAAAAAAUUUUGGCAGGCAAAAGGCCGGCUUAUUAUGAGGCCUGAACUUUUGGACCACUUUCAAUGAUCCAAUCGGGCCCAAACUUUGCACGCUUUUUGGGCUUGGUCCCAACAUAUUUCAAUCGAGGUCCAAGAAGUCUGCAAAGCUUGGGCCCGAUCAAAUCAUUGCAAGUGGGUUAAAAAUGUAGGCCUCAAAAAGCCUGGUCCGAAGUUUGCCCAGCCCUGAAAAAGUCACAAAAAUCCAUUUGCAGAUGUGCCGGUGGAAUCGUUCUCCUGGUCGACGGAUCUGCUCGUGCUUCCGUGUCAACCCCAGAAUGCGGCUCUUCUCGACCACUCGUUCCCGAAUCGAAUUUCAAUGACUGUUUAG